AUGUCCUCGCGAAAGAUCUCUUCGGAGUCGUUCAGCUCGAUGGGCUCGGAGUGCCUGGAGAGCCCCGGAGAUGAUGGCGAUUCCUGCCCCUUUUCACGCAUCUGGAACGGCAAGAGCCCGGUGGAGAAGCUCGCGUGCCCGUUCGAGGACGCACCGGGACCCAAACGGGCGAACAGACGGAAGCGCGUGAACCUGGACUCGCUUGGGGAGAGCUUGAGGAGGUUAACGUCGCCCACGACACAGAUGGUUCAACAGUCUUUACAGAGAACCUUAGAGUUCUACAGACAGAAAGAGAUCAGGUGCAGAGAGGAUGGGAAGGAGGAAAAGAAAAGUGUUACUUUGGAGAAGUGUCCCUUCGUGGAUCAUUCUGGUUCUGGAGAAGAGGCAGACAUCUCUGGAGUACUACAGUACAUGGCUACUCUACAGGGUGUACGGUUCUGUGAGCUGAGGGAGCGUUUCGGGGAAGAGUUCUUCGGUCUGUGUUUCGAGGAGAACGAACGUGUUCUAAGAGCGGUGGGAGGGAACCUGCAGGACUUCUUUAACGGCUUUGACGCCAUCUUAGAACACAUCAGAACCUCGACCGGACGCCGUGCCUCCUCAGAGAGCCCCUCCUUUCAAUGCAAAGACCCUCACCAGGAGGAGAGAGGAGGAGGAAGAGGAGGAGGGGAGAGGGUGGGAGGAAAGCUUCUCCUCCUCCACUGCUUUAACCCCGCCCCUGUCGUGGGAUUGGCUAUGCCUGGUCUGAUUCGAGGUGUCGCACGCCGAAUCUUCCACUCCCACGUUGUGGUGAAGGAAGCCCCUCCCCUAGCGUCCUUGUCACCCAAUGAGGACGCAGAACACUCAGGAGGAGACUCCAUCCCUACUCCCACUGCUUCUCCUUCCUCGUCUCCCUCACCCCCUUCAUUGUCUGCCCCCGUCUCACUGUCCUUCCUCAUCAGAGAAACCUUCCCCUCCUCUUCCUCCAUCCCUCCCUCUGUCACCCUUCCAUCAGAGACCUCCAAGCAGACCCUCCAGCCCCUCUCCCUCUCCCCCACUGACCUGCGCAUCGGUCCGGCUACAUUCUGCAGGGCCUUCCCCUUCCACCUGGUGCUGGGCCCCAGCAUGGAGCUGCUGCAGCUAGGGGAAGGUCUGAGGAGGCAGGCUCGGAUCGAGCCUCACCGGACCCUCUCCUUCAGGGACUGCUUUGAGAUUAUCUCUCCCAGGAUCCAGCCCAGCUUCCAGGCCAUACUGCUGCGCCUGGCCUCCCCCUUCACCAUCUGCACCCGACCAGACUGCUCCCAGUCAGGCACCAAGGAGAAGGUGAUGGAGGUGAAGGGUCAGAUGAUUCAUGUCCCAGAAUCCUCUACUCUGAUGUUCCUGGGUUCCCCCCGGGUGGACAAGCUGGAGGAGCUGAUGGGCAGGGGCCUCUACCUGUCAGACAUCCCCAUCCACGACGCCACGCGUGAUGUCAUACUGGUGGGACAGCAGGCCAAGGCACAGGACGGCCUCAAGAACAGGAUGGACAAACUCAAGGCAACUCUAGAAAAGACACACCAAGCUCUAGAAGAGGAGAAGAGGAGGACAGUAGACCUUCUCUACUCCAUCUUUCCUGGUGACGUGGCCCAGAAGCUGUGGCAGGGGGAGUCUGUUCCCGCCAGGAAGUUUGAUGAUGUCACCAUGCUGUUCUCUGACAUCGUGGGCUUCACGGCAGUGUGUGCCCAGUGUACCCCCAUGCAGGUCAUCAGCAUGCUCAACGAGCUCUACACACGCUUCGACUACCAGUGUGGAAUACUGGAUGUGUAUAAGAUUGAGACUAUAGGCGACGCCUACUGUGUUGCGGGCGGGCUCCACCGGAAGAUUGACAGCCAUGCCAAGCCAAUCGCACUCAUGGCCCUGAAGAUGAUGGAGCUGUCAGAGGAGGUGUUAACGCCGGACGGCAAGUCCAUCAAGCUGCGUAUAGGUAUCCAUACAGGCUCAGUGUUGGCGGGGGUGGUUGGGGUGAGGAUGCCCAGGUACUGUCUGUUUGGCAACAAUGUCACACUGGCCAGCAAGUUUGAGUCUGGGAGCCACCCUCGAUGCAUCAACGUCAGCCCAACCACAUACUGGCUGCUGAAAGACGAUUGCUCCUUCUCUUUCGUCCCUCGUUCCCAGUUGGAGCUUCCUGAUAAUUUUCCUAAGGAUAUCCCGGGAACAUGCUACUUCCUGGAGGGAGGGACUUCCCAUAGCCACACCUCCCUAACAAGCUCCAGUUCCGCCCCCCCAGAGCCCCUGAGGAAAGUGUCCUACAGCAUCGGCACCAUGUUCCUGCGAGAGACCAGUCUAUAG